CGGCUGUCAUUCUGGUGAGUUUUGUUUGCGCGUGCGCACGCGUUGUAUACUCUACAUAUAGAGCGAUCAAUUUUAUUCUCUACCCAGUUAAUGUGAUGUGCUAAUUAAUAGAUAUAUUGUGUUCUGUGUGUGAAAAAUGGUGCGUACAUAUAGGGUUGUCAGUUGUUUCAAAAUGCCGAAGAGAUCGAAGGUAGUUCCAACCCCGACAGGGGAAGGGGUGUUUACAAUAGACAUGUCAUCUACAUCUACUUUAGAUAUAGCUACGGUAUCUGAUCAGCGAGUUCCUGUUGAAGUCGAGAUGCAGGCGCGUCACAGUCUCGCCUGGCACCUACUUAUAGACCUGCCGAUACUGCUGCUGGUGGCAGCAGUAUGUAUACUCCUGGAGGUCGGAGCUAUUCCCAGCAGACGAAGCGGCUUCAGAUGCAAUGACCCCGACCUCUCAUUCCCUCACACGGGAGACACUCUCUCCAUAUCUCUGAUAGCAGCCAUUACAGUCAUUGUGCCAUACCUCAUUAUAUGGGCGGUAGAGUCGACACUGCAGUUGGACGACGAGUACACCAUCAAGCAAAACAAGUUGCUGACAAGCGCUAAAACCGCUGGAUUCAUCUACCGCGAUUAUAUAUACGCUGCUAUUGUAAAUCUUACUGUCUUGGAAGUGGUGAAAUGUGUCGUCGGAUCACCCAGACCGACCUUCUUUGAUUUAUGCAAGCCCGAUACAGCAAGAACGUGUAAUGGGUCGGAUUACGUGAGUAGUUACACGUGUACCUCCACGCGCUUCUCUCGCUACCUCCAGAUUGAUUCCAGCCGGAGCUUCCCCUCGGCGCACACGUCGCUCUCAGUCUACUGCGGUCUCUUCUUGGCUUGGUAUCUCCAAAGGCGAGCCUUCAGCUGGCAUAGUCGGUCUGUUCUGGUGGUGCCGCUGCUGCAGAUCCUGUGCAUCAUCUACGCUGUGACUUGCCCGCUCACUAGGAUCACGGACCACAGACAUCACUGGUGGGAUGUCCUCGCUGGUGCAGUCAUGGGGGUCGCUACUGUCAUUUAUACAGUAUUAGUCCUAUGCAAGAACUUCUCCCACCCAGAAGUGGUGAGCACCAGCGACAUCUCCAGCAGCGAUGGUAAUAACCACCAGUCUGUGCGACGACUGCUAGCCAGCGGACCGCGCGGGGUGGUGCCCUAGCCCGCUGCCGUCUAAAGCAACCAAAGGAGCUGGCCAGCAAAAAACUUUUAGUUGCUAGUUCGCGUCCUAAGGCAGUGUUAAGUCCAUAGUAACAGGAAAUUACGCAAUGCUAAAUGAGAGUAAGAGUCAUGGACUUUCUUUGUAAGAACAAAGUUAAGUUAUUGGUCCUCAAAUUUAAGUCAAAGGACAUGUGAGAACGAAGAAUCAUUUCAGCCGUCGCGGAGGAACGACAGGUGUUGUUUUGUGGUACAACGUCUCAUGGAAGCACCUUCAAAGAUGCUAGCCAGCACAUGCGAUACUUGGCUUGCAGGUACAAGCUGCGAUGGGACCGCUGUUGAAGUGAAUUGAACUAAAUAUAGUUGCUUUCAUAAAGUGUACUAUUUGAUAGUGAUGUUUGAACUGGAAAAUUAAUAAUAUUAUAAUAAUUAAGUUUUAAAUUUAAACAUGAAUUAACGUGAUUGUUUGAAAUUAGUUUUGCUUCGUGUGUAUUAUGUGGAUCGAGAGCUAAAGUAGUUGUUAGACGCAUUUGCUCAUUUAUAAUUUAUUAUAUUUAAAAGAUAAGUUCAGCGGAUGUAGGCGGUUAAAGAUAGUGUGAAGAUUAUAAAGAAAUAUUCUAGGACGGAUUAAAUACAUCGUCCUAUUUAUAAUAAAAAAAAAAAAACAAUUUUAGCAAUGGCAACAUUAAUAGUAACUUUUGAUUAUUAAAAUGAUUGCAGUAUAUCUAUUGACUAUUCACGCUGUAGGGUUAGCAUUGAAUUAUUUCCAACGUUGUUAAAUCUAAUAAUGAAGUAUCAAAUCUAUUAAUGUUUUCAUACAUAUUAAGUAUUUUAUUAAUACAUUAUAUGUGUGUUUAAGUAAUUGUCAUUAUAAGAUACACCAGUGUUCGCUGUUAUCGUUAUUGAUGUAAAAUUGUAAUCAAUACACGUACUAAGUAUACUGACAGCCAUAAAAGGAACUCGUAUGACUAUUGAGUUUUUUAGCAUAUAUAAUAUUUAUUUCUUACCAACGAUAGUAUUUAUAUUUAGUACCUGUCUAGUCGUAAGUUAUUAAGAGAUUUUUUUUUUAUAUUUUCUUUUUAGUAACUUAAAACACCCACCAUAAUUUAAACUAUUUAAUCUGUUACGAUACAUUUCGAGGGAUAUUUUCUUACAUAGCUGUAAUAACAAUUAAUUAUAAUGUAGUGUUGCAAUCGAAUGAAAAUUUAGAAACGUCAUUGUUUCGUCAAUACAGACAUUCCCCGGCAUCGUUUGUUCCUUUGUAAAUAUAAAUUUAUUAAACAUAAUAGAUAUAUAAUAAAAUUUAAAUAAAUCUCUAGAAUAA